CAAUGAUAAAUUCUGUCUAACUAAAUAGAUGAGCCAUGGCGAUGGACGCAACGUGUCAAAUAAGACCUGUACUAGUUAUUUCGAGAAAUUUGCUUUCAGGUUUCGCAGAGGCCACCAGCGAAAAAAGGUUGCUUUCCAUGCCUUGGGCCGCUUCGAAUCUACAACCUGUGAGAAAAUCGUUUUUUUCCAUUUUCCGUCUUAGGGCUUUGCCCCAUCACCCCUUAUGGCCGCGCUUGCUCAGAUGCAUUCUGUUACCGCUACAAGUUUUCUUGACACUCGUCUUCGCUAACACGCCUCCCGAUUUCAAGCAUCGCGAUUGGGCAGCUGAGCUGCGGUACCUGGGCCGCAGUUUGGAGAGCGAUGUGGAGCGGCUCUUGUCGGUGGAAUAUCGUAAGGAAGACUUCUUAACCGCCGAGGGCGCCGUGCUGCACAAGAAUGGUCGCGUGGCGCACCACAAGAUUUCUUUAUUGCAGCAGUGGGCGCAGAGAGGGUGUGGAGAUCAUGUUCAGCAAAGCCGCCUUUGGGAGAAAGACGACGACGAGGGUAUAAUUGGAGCAGCAGAAGCGGGCAACAACGUCGAAAACGUAUCUAGCACACCAGAAACAAUAAACGAUGGCGCAGCCGCUGUUGCGUCAAAUGAUUCCCCUGCAAGGAGAACGUUGACAGUCAACAGCGCUCCUGCCGAAGAGGACGUCACUGACGGCCAGGAACAGGAUGAGGAAGAGGCGUGGCUUCUGGAGGGACUGGCGGAAGCUGCAGGGAGCAGGCCAAAGACUAGCUUUCAUGGUGGCGUACUUGCCGAGAUGAACGGCUUUCAAGACGAAGAAAAAGCCUGGUGCGCGUUUGCUUUCGCAGAAGCAUCAAGUUUCGGAGGCGGGAAGGAAUUCGAAGAUGUUGGCAGCACCGUUAUUUCCAGUGCAGCAUCACAUGAUGAUUCGGGUGCAACAACAUCAUCAUCAUCAUCAAGCCCGAGAACAACCUCCCGAUCCGGAUCCUUACCUGACGGCCGUGCGGCCUUGGUGCUCGCAAAUCGAUUAAAGAACGAGUUUGAGUGGCGGGUGGUCAAGGCGGGCUUUGUGACGGAGCCGGUGACCGAACGAGUAGUGGCGUAUGACGAGGAAUUGCUGGCGUUUGUGCCCGGGAGGACGAGGCUCAUCGCGGCGCAGGAUCAACAUCAUGUUACAACAGGUGCUGGCACCGCCGCGCCUGCCUCUGCGUUCGCCCACCCCGAUACGUUUAACGCGCUGCCCUCGUGGCGCUGGGAAAAGAAGAAAGAAACAAGCCCCGUCGACGGGGCACAUAAUGAAAAUGAUGGUACAACUACAUCACAUGAAAGAGAAACAAGCAGCAUGUCUGAUAAAGCAGUCAAGUCGAAAACUUCUUCAACGCCGUAUUUCGAAGAUGAGCUGGAGGCGAAAAAUAUGGAUGUGUCAGGUUUGAAAUCGUCAGAGUUGAAAUAAUUUGCCAUGCAUAAAAUGGAUGCCAGUUGGAGCCCAGUUUUCAAGUGGCGCAUGACAAGUUUCGGUGGUGCCCAAAUCCAGUUUGUAAUGCUGUUUGGGUAAGGAAGACGCCUUUUGUCAUGCUACUUUAGCAGCUCUAUUUCUACCCCUCAACAGGCUUGCAAUCUGCCUCCCUUGCCUACUCUGCAAGACAGGCACUUUGUGGGUUGCGUUUUAUGCAUAACAAAUUAUUUCAACUUUGACGAUUUCAAUCCUGACGCUUCCAUAAAAAAAGAGGAAACGCGGGGUCGCGCCAUCGUCGCAGACAUCAUGCUGUCGGAAGAGCAAGAGGAGGAAAUGGAAAAGACUCUGCUGUGCCCGAUGAAAACAACACGAUUUUAUUUCGCUGGUGUUGAUAUUGCCGUGCAAGAGGAGGCAAUCGACUCCUUCGCGACCCCGGAAUUAGAAAGCAAGCUCCACGUCCGAACCCAACGGUGGUUAAAAAAAAAACACCUCCGUCGUUCCGGCCACGGCAAUCGCGACCAGAUCCACGUCGCGCUCGGGGAGAACCGCGUCGCCACCGCGCCCACGUCGGCGCGGGCCCGCGGGGGUUUCGGGCCGUUGCUCGGGCACAAGGAGGAGCAGGUGGCCGCCGACGUUUUGGUGAUUUACAUCCACCCCGUGUCAACCCGGAACUCUUUGUCCACGUUGCAAUUACAGGAAAUCGUGCAGAACGCCGCAAAUUGGGCCGUGAACAUUCUACUAGUCGUGAAAUCCCCGCAUUACGUCUACUGGCUCAACCACUACUUCGGCGCGAGCGUCCUGGAAACGCUUUGGGAGCCGGACCUGAAUUUGGAUUUCGGGGAUUUGGAUCUCUGGAUGACCAUCCCGCGACUGGUCGACUGGAUUUGCGAGGUAGCCGCGAAAAAUAGGUGUUUCAAGUGGUAUCUGCCCCCGCACUUCCUACAAUUGACCAGUGAGCAACAGCGAAAGCAGGAACAUGUGAGCAGCCAGAGCCUGGCCGUGCAAGGCGACUUCGUGCCGACAACGAACGGGGAAUUGCUGCCGGGGUGCUACAUCAAACUGUCGCCGCAUUGCGGCCCCGAG